AUGGAAAAUAAACUCUAUAAUAUCUUUAGAAUCCCUUAAGUUAGCACAGAGAAGGUGUCUUCUGCAUUGAUUGGUGUUUUAGAUGCGUCUGGAUCUAUGAGCUCAUACUGGCCUUUUGCUGCAAGAAGCUGGAAUCAAAUAUCUUAAAACCAUCCUAAUUCUUAUUGCAUCACAUUCUCAACUAAAGCUGCAGAAAGAAAGCUUCCUUUGUCAGAGAAUAUAAACCAAUACGACUGCUCUUCAACAAAUAUUGUUGGAGGAUUCGAAGUUUUAAACGAAAUGUUGUAAAGACCAUCUAUGGGCAAUAAUGUUACUGUUGUUUUUAUAAGUGAUGGUCAAGAUGACAACAAUUCAACACUCCCAAAUAGAAUUACUAAACUUAAGAUUACACAUUAAAAAAAGAUCAAUUUCAUUUCUAUAGGUGUUGGAUCUGGAUUCCCUACUUUCGUAGCCAUGAAUCUUAGAGAUAUUUAUCACAAUGGAGAGUCUUCUCUUCCUCCUGUCUUUUUAAUUGAAAAUACUAAUGAAUAAUCAGUUUGGUCAUCUACAUUUGAAUCCUUGCUUCCUUAUACUUUCCACUCUGCAAAAAUUUCAAUUAGUCCUGCAGUUAAGGUUCUCCCUUGGCUCCCUUCAACAAAAGAGGUUUAUGAAAACUCUUGGGUGAUCAGUUACGAAGAUAAAAUCACAGUUAACAGCACUACUUAAGUUGAAAGACAAUAAUUCCUUUCACCUACCGAAUUGAUUGACAUAGCUAAAGGAUGGCUUAGUGAACUUUAAAUUUCUUCUUUAAAGAAGGAGGCUAAGGAUAAUGCAAAAGAAGCUCUCAACAUUUUGAAUGGAUGGAAAUGCUACUUCAUUGAUUCUAAAAAUCCUACUACUAAAGAAACAUUCAAUCAAAGACUGAUGAAAAAAUAACAAAAUACUAUUAACUUCAACAUCCAAGUCAUUUUCAAAGAAAUUAAAUCUAUUGCUGAAGAUGUCAUUUUAAGUCAACUCAGUGAUGUUGAGGCUGCUAAGAGAUUAGCAAUUGGUACAUAAACUGGUAAGUAUCAUAGUGCAGCUUUGUAAUUGAAAGGUAUUACUGUUUCAGAUUACAUUCAAGCCAGAGAUCACUUCAUUAAUGUUUUCUAGCAAACAACUUUUUCAAAUGAAUCUGAUUAAGAACCUUCAGUUAUAUCUCUCUAGAAUUAGAAAGAUGUAUUUAAGGAGGCUGAUUUGAUAGAAGGUCUCAAGGGUUGUCCUAAUCAGUAUGAUUUAGUUGAAAAUUUCCCUCUUGUUGGACACUCCGUUUAGAUUAAGAGAAGUGAUGGUGCUAUGAUUAACCCCUAUAUGCUUAAAAUCAAAAGCAUUGCUAUGCAUCACAAAGUUUGUGAUACAGUUUCUUUGUAGGCUGGUAAUAAUGAGUUAAAGAUGAAGAUUGGAGAUGAUGAAGAGGAAAUUAUAAAUGCAGUUAUUCCCCUUUUCAGCAAAAAGGAUUUAGAUUUAAAGCCUUUGAUUAACACUAAGCUCUAUCAUAUUUUGAUGACAUUCAAUGUUAUGGGUAAUGCAGAUACCUGUUUCGAAAAUGCCUACUUGGGUUUACUUGCAAAUGCUUGCUAUUUCUUAAUUAAUCAAACAGCUAGUGAAUGGCGCACUCAUAUGCUUGAUUUAGUGGCUAAUACCCUCUCUAUGACUUACGCUGAUCGUUAGGGUUAUAAAAGCUAUGCAAAGGCCUUGGUCGAAACUCCUAGAACAGCACUAAUUACUGAGCAUCCAGAAAUAGAAACUAAAUGUGAAGAUUUAACAAAAGCAAUUUUAGUUCUCUUCUACCUUGUUUAUAGUAAAGAAUUGACUGAUAUUGAAAAAAUUUAAGAAAUUGUCUAUGCAAUUUAUGCCGAAGCCUAUGGCCGUAACUACCCCUCAGAGACAGCACUUGAGACCUUCUUCAAAAUUCAAUUACCCGAAGGCGCCGUCCUCCCUGAAUUUUUGGAAGAAUAAAAAUAGAUAAUUGAUAAUUUCCCUCCCGUCGAGACAUUCUUUACUUAAUACGAAAUGAAAAAUGAAAUUGAAAAUAGAAUUAGUGCACUUGAACUUAAAGUUGGGUUUGAAAUUUCAGCUAAGUUUAUGCAUUCUGAUUGCGAAUUUAUGAAGUACAAUAAAGUAGGAAUCAAGGGACUCAAUAAAGUUUUUAAUUACUUCCUUCCUGAUAGAGAACUCCCUGAAUACGAUAAGUUGAUGUGCUGGACUGUGCAUGCUUCCAAGUAUAGAAAUUCCCAUGAAAGAAACACAACCGACAUUAAUUACAACGCUGCUGAGAUUCUUCAAGAGGUGAAAAAGUAAAAAGAGUAAUCCCUCAUUAAAAACAACAAGAUAGCAGAAAAAGUAUUUGAAUCUCUCAAUAAAAAAUUUGAGGAGUAUAUGAUCGCAACUCAUCAUGUUGUUGUUCCUAUGACUGCUGAGGACUUAACAAAUUACUGUACAGAAAAAGGAUUGGAUAUUACCCAGUAUUCUUUUAAUUAAGUAUCAAACUUGCUUAAAAAUUCUUGUAUGUCCCCUGCUUGUCCUUACUACAUGAAGCCAACUAAAUCACUUGCAUAACAUUUAGAAUCUAAUACUUUAAAAUGCCCUGCCUUCCACAAAGCCAUUAAAAUGCACUGUAAACUCCCUGCUGAAUAAAUUUUAGAAAAAGUUUUAACUGGUGAGUGCUUAAUUAAGAUUGGAUUAUUAAAUCCUGCAUUUAUGAUAUCAGAAAAUGUCAAAAAUGAUAGCAAAGAAAGAAAAGAGUUUUAUAUUGAAUAAAUCAAUAAAUUAAAGGAAUUUUAUCAAAAGGUUUGA